AUGCGAGUUUACAAUAAAGAGGCUGAUAUAAAAUAUGAAAUCCGCUUGACUGCAUCAUUGGAUUGUGCAAGGUAUCUCAUAGCUCAAGGGGAAGCUUUUCGUGGACAUGAUGAAUCUUCCAAUUCCACCAACAAAGAUAUUCAAAAAGACCUUGCUACAUGUUGUGCAUUGGAGGUAACCGAAGUCAUCAAGGAUGAGCUUGGAGAUAAGAAAUUCUCGAUACUUAUUGAUGAGGCUGGAGAUUGCUCAAUAAAGGAGGAAAUGGCAAUAAUUUUGAGAUUUUUAGAUGAUCACGGAGAACUUCAAGAGAGAUUUCUUGCUAUUAAGCACAUCACAGAUUGUACAUCUGCCGGAAUUAAAGAAGCAUUGGUUCAUGUGUUGGAGUACCAUGGCCUGCCUAUUAAUAGGCUACGUGGACAGGGUUACGACGGGGCUUCAAAUACGAGAGGUGAAUUCAACGGUUUGCAAAAGCUAAUUCGUGAUGAGAGUCCAUAUGCUUUCUUUGUUCACUGCUUUGCCCAUCAGUUGCAGUUAGUGGUUGUCACAGUGGCUGAGUGUUGUCCAGUUAUUGCUGAUUUUUUCAACUACCUUCCCUUGAUAGUGACUCAGGUGGGUUCAUCUUGCAAAAGGAAGGAUGCAUUGCUUGCAAAACAUCAAGACAACUUGAUAGAAAUGAUGGAAAAUUGUAAGAUAUCAUCUAGAACUGGGUUACAUCAAGAAACUAACCAAGCUAGACCAGGAGCUACUCGUUGGGGCUCACAUCUUGGAACCUUGCUUUGUAUGUACACAAUGUGGAAUGCAGUGGUGGAUGUGCUUGCAAUUGUGGUUGACGAUGCACGGGAACACACUUCUCAAGGUGGAGCUUCAGGUUUGAUCAUACAGAUGGAAUGCUUCCAGUUUGUGUUCAUCAUGCUAUUCUUAAUAAACUUGUUGAGCAUCACUAAUUUGCUAUCACAAGCUUUGCAAAGAAAGAAACAAGAUGUUGUUAAAGCCAUGCGUUUGAUCUUGGAUGUGAAAGAAGCUUUGCAAAAUAUGAGGGACAAUGGGUAUGAGUCAUUAUGCGACCAAGCAAACAACUUCUGUGAGGAACAUGGCAUUGAGGUGCCAAAUAUGGAUGAUCUUGUAGGAGCUAUGGGGCAAUCUGUUCGCAGCAAGAAAAAGGUGACUCGACAUCAUUAUUUCAAGGUUAGCAUAUUCAAUGUUGCUCUUGAUGCAACUCUCACCGAGAUGAAUCACCGAUUCAAUGAAGUUAACACCGAGUUAGUGGAUUGCAUGUCUUGCCUUACUCCAACAAACAACUUCUCAAUGUUUAAUGUUGAAAAACUUAUUCGACUUGCUGAAAUUUAUGCUGAGGAUUUUACACAA